AUGUCUCCGAAUAUGAGGCACGUCAAGAGGCGGCACCUGUCUUGGCAGUCUCUGAUGCAGAAGAUGUUCACAAUUCCUUCAUCAUACGACACGGAGGCCACUCUGCUGUCCGGCAGUUUGUCGUCCAUAUAUCGCGAAUGUAUCUACAGACGCAUCGGCGCGAACUUCAAGCCCGGCGACUGGAUUGAUGGGCGCUGCUACGAGUUUGACCCUGUUGAUGAACCAAACGGAACGUGUAAGGAGAGGACACAGGCGGCUUCGCAUCUGUUCUGUCCGCCGGCGUCAAACCGACUCGAGGGUGCGCAGCGCAAGGCAAAUGCCCAACGAAAAAGAGACGAGAGCAACAGAGAGUCGACCGCCAAAAUUACGGAUCAUGAUGCCGAAGACGACACCACCGUGCCGCGCAGAGACACCGGCAAACGAAAAAGAAACAGGAGCAACGGAGGGUCGGUCACCAAUAGCCAAAGACCAUGA